AUGGAAGAUAAACGAAAUGCUAGCUUACCUCAAUCAAGUGGUGAUUCGGCCGAAAGAAUCCCGGAAGUCUAUCCACCAAUAAGCAGAAAGCAAAGUAUAUUUAAAAAACACCCCUCUAACUACUCCACCCAGCAAGAGCCAACCUCCCCUAAUGUUAAAAACAAAAAGAAAUCAAAAUGUCGCCGAGGCAAUUCUAUAGUCCCAAUUAACGAAAGUGAAAAAAAUGACGAGGAAGAAAACUUAAUCCAAGAACCCGAUUUAAGGCGCUUUCAAACCGAAAGAGGCAAUCCUAAUGAAAAUCGCUACACAAGUAUAGCUCGCAGCCGAACCACUAGUGACCAUCAUGGUCAGGCACAAAGAAUCAUCAAAGUUGCACGUUGUCCUCAGUGCAACCGACUUUCCUACUUUGAAAACGAUGUCUGUUGCUAUUGCAAACAUCAAGGAAGCGAUGGUCCAAAAGUUAAAUCGUUUCUAUUUAUAUCAGCAUUUUGCUGCUGCUUACUAUCAGAAUAA